UAGAGAGAGAGAUGAGUUCGGCCUAUCACCUUCGUGUUUUACACUAAAAAUCUUAGAAUCCUCUAUGAAUUAAAUAUCUUGGACUCAAUUAAAUAAUCAAAUAAUAAUAAUAAUAAUAAUAAAAAGGAUUUCAGUCAAUAAUCUAAAAUUUCUCUUCACCAAACCUCCUAAAAAUUGUAGACAAUUUAUUAAUUUAUUGAGUUCUCUAGCUGUCUGAGGUAGCUGAGCUCUUUGGAGAAAGGAUCUUUUGUCUUUGUUGCUUUCCAGUUCAUCAGAACCGCACAAUCGAGAGUCUACCGCAGAAGGUUCCCGUUUAAUAUGCUUUCCUUUGCCCUUUGCCUUCAAAGUUCAAGCCUUCAAAACAGUAAAAAUUCCGAACUACAUCGGUAAAGUUAAGUAUUUUAGCGGUGGUUUUCCCUUCCUAGGUGGGGGUGGUUUGGGUGGCUUUCGGUUUUUUUUUUUUGGCUCUCUCUCCCUUCCUCUGUCUCUUAUCUUUUCACGCAUCUCAAAACACGAAUCUUCCCCCGCUUCAUACCCUUUCCUUUUGAAGGCUGCAACCACUGUCGGCACUCCCAUGAUUUCUGCACAGAACAAAGAUUUAUGUUAGAUUCAAGUUAGCAGUUAACCAGUCAAGCCACAGGAUAGCCACAAAGCUUCAAAAAGAGAGAUGAAUUCUGAGGAGAAAAUUCUUGUUGAAAUCAUAGAUGAGAACAAACAGAUUGACCUUGCCAAAUAUAUACACUACGUCAGUGCCCCUCAAGCGGGUGCCAUAGCAACAUUUUCAGGCACAACACGCGACACUUUUGAAGGCAAAACAGUAGUGGAGCUAAGAUAUGAAGCAUAUGUUCCAAUGGCAAUUCGAAACCUAAAGUCCAUCUGUUCCUCUGCUAGAUCAUCCUGGGAUCUCCAUUCUAUUGCAGUUGCCCACCGUCUAGGUACAGUUCCGGUAGGAGAAACGAGCGUCUUCAUUGCAGUAUCAGCUAUUCAUCGUGCUGAUGCCCUAGAUGCUUGUAAGUUUUUGAUUGAUGAGUUAAAGGCAUCUGUUCCAAUAUGGAAGAAGGAGGUUUAUUCUAAUGGAGAGGUUUGGAAGGAGAAUACAGAAUUUUUGGAGCGGAGGUUAGAACUUGGUAAGGAUGGCGGCUGCCACAGAAGGAAGAUUGAGACUGAGGCACAUGAUAUAAAGGAAUGUUGCAAACCCAAGGUCAAGGUGGACGAAGCAGCGGAUAUUAGCACUAGCUAAGCUAAUUAGAGACAAUGGAGAUCCGCUCUUUCAUAUUUUCAUAUACAUUUCUUGUUUGUUUUCCAAAGAUGUCAAAAACCUUGUAAUGCUGCAUAACCUUGGAAAAAAUAAACGGCAUAUCUCACAGAUUGCUUCAAUAAUUCUUAUAUCUCUUUGGGCCAGAGAUA